UGGACUCGCCGAUGUCUUCAAGCAGCUAACUGGUUCGUGGCUGCGAGUUUCACAAUUCCACGGUGGAUUUGGUCUGCAAAGAUGAUGAAUUGCGGCACCAAAUCAGCUGUUUGUAUUCCCAAAACCAACAUUUUCCAGCUCAAAACUGCUCUCUUUCACUCCACUCCUGUUCUUGAACGCAAAAAACGCAAUUUUUGGGGUGCCAGUCAUAGAUCCACUGCUUAUUCUAGGAGGUCGAGGAGGUUAAAUGCAAAGGAAACCUUACUGCGUAAUGUCGGUGUUUAUGCAGACAGCAUAUUUCAGGCUUUGUUAGUUCGGAUGAUAGCUUUGAUGAAAAAGAUCCCUCUUCAAGUAGCGGUCCCUCAUGGUUUAAACAACAAUACUCUAAGGGAUCCAAAAAGAACUGGACUGACAAUCAGGGAACCAAGAGUUCGCCCUCAUGGUUUAAACAACAAUACUCUAAUGGAUCCACAAAGAACAGGACUGACAAUCAGGGAACCAAGAGUUCGGGACAGGGUUAUUAGAGAAGGUUUUCGGUUUUGUGAAGAUCAAGAAUUUUUUGAUGUUGACACCCUCUUCCAAUCUGCAUUUGGUGGGAAUCAGUUUUUUUACUGGUCCUUCAUCAAUGAAGAGACUCCUCGAUGGAAGAACUCAUCUGGCUACUCUUAUAACUAUGGGAGGAAUUGGAGAUAUCGGGUUCAUGAGGAUUAUGAUUCGUCAUCAGAAUUUGAAUCUAACAAUUCGGAGUCAAAUAUUGCUUCAGAUAGACUUGCCCUUGGACUGAGCGCUUCUGGUCCUCUCAAACUUGAAGAUAUACCGGGCAUGUGCACUGAAAUGGCAUCCGGAUCGUCACCAGGGCUCUUCAAAGGGGGUUCUGAUCUUCUAGAAGGGAACUUAUAUCAGUGUAGUACAGAAGUUUCUUCUGGUGAUGCAACGAUGGAUAUGAACUCCAUCACUGCUUCUCUAAUCAGAGCUAAUGAAGUGCUAUUGACAAAGCAAUUAAUCAAUGUAUCUGAACAGGCAGUUGCGGAGGAAAAGUUCAAACUGUGCAGUGCAGCAUACCAAUCUUUAUGUGAUAUGUUGGCUGCGGCUUGA